GUUGGUUUUUUGAAUAUACUUUAGGGAACCUUGCAGACACAUUUUUGUAGAAGCUUAUAUCGCUUAUCUUCGGGGAACUAAAGGUCGCUUGUCAAAAGUACACAUCUACAGAAAUUGUAGAAAUAUAAUCUAUAUUGUAUUUAAUAGGAGUUAAGAAUGCAAUCUUUAGAUAACUAGACUUUUUUGGUGGCUAAAAUGUUGGAAGUUCUACUGUGCUUGGUAAUUCAAAUAGAAUCGGUAUUAUUGCUUAAAUACCAGAGUUAAUUAGAGCUGGCUGGUAGCCAGGUAGACACAUAACCCUGCGAGUAUUCCCCCGCUUAGCUGAAAUCAGGUGUGCCUGCUGCCAUAUGGCCACACGAAGUAUGAAUCAUAUUUGAAAUAUACGUGCGUAUACGUGAUUUUUUCCCAACUUGUGGCAACGUCGUGUGAAACGGGAAGUGGAAUGCGGGAAGGAGGCAAAGCUAAUUAUGCGGCUGCUUUAAAUAUUUUUCACUUCGUCCGCUUUCGUUUUAAUUUCCAUUUUUUUUUGUCGUUAACUGUCGUCUCAUUAAUUAAACGGACGUAGGAUGUCGCCAUUACUAGAGACCAAGAAAAAUGAUUUGGCAAGUGUGCUCAGGGCCUGCCCUAAUAAUUUUGGCAUUAGCUUUUUAGUUCAUUUCAAAUUUUUUAGUUAAUGGUAUCGCUGACAGAAAAAUGGUCUUAAAAUAAACGCAAAACGAGUAUAUAUUUUUUUAAAUUUCACAAUGCAUUUAACACUGUACGUUUGUGCAUGGACAUAUAUACACUUUUUCCUAUUUUCCAAUGUCUGCGUUUCCUGUCGCGUGGCAAGCUCCCAUUUUUCCUAGCCGUGAUUUAUCUUCUUUUCACCGAUACUCGUGCGGUUUUGUCUUUGGAUUCAACAUAAACGUAUACGUAGACACUUAGCUUCCGCAGAAGCUACUACAACCACAUGUUUUCCGGGCUUUGGCCUAAAUAUUCUAUUUGCAGGACCCAUUUUCAUAUUUAUUUGUUCUGCGUGCGGUUGCAUCUGUCAGAUGCAGAAAUAAAAAGUUGAGAACAUCAGUGCGUUUUAUAUCAUUAGAAGCCAGUUUUUCUUUAACGAGACUGGCGAUGAAGUUCCGUAUUAUCUGUAUUUAUUCUGAAUUUCGGGUCGUAUUGAAUUGAGCUUUAAGAACUUCCUAUUUGUUAUAACUGAUAUUUCAAAAGCAUACCACAAGAACUUUGGUAAACUUAUAUACAGUACUUUUGUUGCUGUGCAUCCAAAUAUCGCAGACGUUAUUAUACGAUCUGCUAAACAAUAAACAAAACGGCUGCCACUGCCCUCUUGGCCAUUUGGAAGCGUUUUGCUAAACAUUUUUAGAACUAUGCCGUUCACUGGCACAAAACAUUGGAUGUAUACCCCCGUCUAUAUGUCUGUGCCUCUUCUUAAUCGGCCAAAAACGAGAAACGUAUAAAAUCGUCAUAAGAAUCGGAGCGCAAAGUUCUCUAGCCAACAUAUGGGAAAUGUGCUGCUUACUGUGCGUGUGAAUGUGCGUUUCUCUAGCGAAUUUCCCAAGCAGCUUUUCCUUGGCGUUCAGUAUGAGUUGGAUCGCUGUUGGCUACGUGCGACGCCGCAUGGUGUUUUGCGAUAUUUUAGAAUUAUUUUUUAAUUGCCGCGUCUUUCGUUGCGUUCGUGUUUCUUUGUUUCUUGUGUUAAAAAUCCACUGAGUGGGGAAUAAUAUAAUAAUAAUGAAAUAAUAGAAGUAAGCUCGCGAAAAUCACGCACACACGCCAUAUAAGUGGGAUUCAAUGGAUGAGCUGGUCAUUAGCUCUUCGACAUUACGCAUACGCAGCGUGUGCUGCAGGUUCUAUGCGGUUAUCUACCCAAAAUUGCGUAAUUCUCAGUUUGGAUAGGCAGCUCCUCACUCAUUUUCUCUGAAUUCGUUUUGGGGUCAUCUUGCAAUUUUAACGUAACGAAAAAAAAAAAUCUCGUUAAAAAUAAAAUCACAUAAAUUUAGAAACACGAAUCUUACAAAAGCUAAGAAAAACCGAAAGUGUUUUCGUUCCGCCCCAUCCAUUUACUAACCCCUACGACUAUAGUGUGUGUGCGUUUGUCGAAUGAAGCUAAAAAUAGUGAAAACAAAAAGGCAAAAUGAAUAUAAUUCAAACUGCCUGUAACGAAUUCAAAAAAGUUGUGUAAAAAAGUGCAUGAGCAGUAAUUGAAUUUUAAUAAAUACACCUAGAAAUUCAGAACAUUAUAAACAUUCAAAGAAAUUCCUUGGAUUUGCUUAAAUUUAUACAAUUCAAAGGAAAGGUUUUAAUAAUUAUAAACAAUGUGUGGGGAUGUUACCACAAAUUGUUGAUAUAAAAUUACCUUUAAACAUUUGGAAUUCAACAGACAGUUAGGCCGUUAAUAUAUAGAAAUUAUUUGAUGUUUGGUCCACAAUAAGAACUAUCAAAGCGGCUUUUUGAUAUUUUUAGCAGGAAUAUAAUUUUCGUGUGUGACGUAUAUAAAAAUAUAUGUAUGUAUAUAGUAUAAAGUGCGUGCGUGUAUUUAUGUGAAUAUAUCGAUGGCACCUUGAUCCACAAUAUAACCACAGCCAAAAUGUGUGUAUGCCACGACCGCGAAACAAGUGCUUAGGGAGUCAUGAGCACGCCCACGCCCACUUCAGGGGCGGUUCAGGGCCAACAAGUUCCGCUGCCCCAUGAACUGACCGCCGAGUGGACCGUGCGAGCACAUCUUACUUUUGCCCGAGCUGGUGAGGCAGUGCAAAAGGAGUUCAGUGCUCCGGAGACAGUGCACCCGAUGCAAGUGAUCUACAAAUGGUGUACGCCUUGCGAGGAACCUGAAACGGAACAGGAUGUGGAGAAGACAGCGGCUACUGCGGGAACUAGCUUCCGUUCCACAAACUCCUCAGCCACCACCAAUGCGGAUUCGGCAUUCGGCAGUCCACAUGCUUCCAGGGCUCUUAGCAAACCACCUGUGGCCACUGAUUCUACUUCUCCCCUUGGAGCCACUGCUCAAGUGUGUGGAACCCGCUGCCGGAGCACGUGCAACAUUAUGGUGUCCGCUGUGGCUGAUUUCUUACCUCAAGAGGCGGGAUCCGGGUCUGUGAAUGAGCCCUUUGUUUACCACAGCAAAGUGCGAGCACAGCAGCUAAAGGAUGCUUUCUCCCAAACAAGCGACACGGAGGAGCAGCCAGCAAAGAGACGUCCAGCUUAUGAGCAGCGAAGGGCUACCACCGAAGCACUGAUGAAUUUUGCCAGCAAGCGACAAGCGGAGGAGGCUAACACCUAUGUGCCAACCUAUUCGCCCACGCCCACGACACCAUCGUCUACAUUUAAAUCGGCCUCGAUGUCGAGAAUUCCACCGCUAGCUGGCAGCACAAGCCAAGGAACUGCUCCUAAAAUACCCAAUUUGGGUGAGAAGAAACCCCGCACUGUUCACAUCGAUGUCUACUGCACCGGUUCAGAGGGAGAUGAGGAGGAGGAAGCCGAUGACGAGAGGCACGCAGACGAAGAGCCCUCUAGCUCUUCCGACUCCGAGCUGGCUGGUAGCAAGCGAUACGAACUGGACUCUAAUUCCACCCCUCAAACCGUGCUGGACAAUGAGCAGAUGCUGCUGCGCCAUCAAAGAAUCUCUGGGGGAGCUAUGCCCAGGCGUUUGGCUCCAAAUCAGUCAAAAAAUAAAGGGGGAAACCAGCAACAAGGCAAUCUAAAUUUGGGUCAUGCCAUUACAAAGUGCAGCACAGCCGAGGAAGUGUGCGAGUCCAAGCAGUUGCUUUUCCGCAAACACAUUGGUGAUCAGCGGGCGGCCAAGUUGGCCAAUCUACGGCAGAAAUAUAUGCGCCAGCCGAGCGAUGAGACGAUUAGCAGCACAUACCCUAACUCCUCGAGGUCUACGAUGCCAAGGGAUGCCACCUGCAGCAGCAUUUCCAGUGCCGUGGGAGGAACGGAUUGUGUGGAUUCAUCCUGGAAGGAUACAGACGACUUAGAUACACCAAUUGCAUCUUUUGGUUUGACCAAAUCCGACAGCUUUGACUAUGAGAACUCGCUUGAUCGCCUGCGGAUAAGCCAGAUGGAGCGCCUUUGGUCCCGUCAGCACUCUUUGGACCAGAAUCACGCACAAGCCCACCUGGGAGCACCAUCCCCUCAUGCACUGCAAACAAUCACGGAGGUGCAGUCCCAACGAAGUUCCUUCCAGCGAAGCGAUACCAUACCCUCGGAAUCGGAUGGCUUCUCGGAUGCCAAUGGAUUCAAUACCUAUCCAGGAAGGCAAUCCCAAUUGCAGCAGAUCUCGCAUUUUCCUCGUAAUCGUCCUGGUUUUCUGCAGUUCUUUGGACCCUCCGGUGGGCCCGGAAUUGUGGCACAACCCACUCCGCCAGCCACAGCACCUGUUCAACCUGCUGCAUCCGCUACCACGGAUCCGUUUCGACUUCUCCACCCGAGUUUUCGAUGGAAGAGCGAGGCCCGCGAUAACCUGAGCGUACAGGUUGCUUCCGGAUCGCCCUCUUCCGAACGUAGUUCCCCACAACUCCUGUCGGCUGCAACCACAGUGGUGCGUUGCGGCAGUGAGGCGCCGCCCAGCACCACCUCCGCUAGUACUUUUGGGACCACAGUGACGCCUUCACCACUUGCAGGGCGCCGUUUUGAAAUCUCACGUGACAGUCCAAGUCUCGCAAGUGAAGCAUCCACUACCGUUUCCGGGUACACUCACGAGCAUUUGGAGAAAGCUCGUCGCUUUGGCAAUGUCGUCGCCAUGAGAAAACCCGGCCAUCAUGUAGGACCCACCAAGAACCCGAAUUGUCAAUGCGAAAGCUGUCAACGCUGGCUGGCUGAGAGGUUUCAGCUUCGCGGAAGAGCCUUCUCUCUAGGCGAGAAGCCCUUAUUAAGACGUCCACAGCAAUAAAAAAUAUUACUGAUCAGUUUAUACUUUUCUUUGUCUUAGGCUUGCAUUUAACACAUUGCUUUUCAGAUUAAUAUGCUCCCUAUUAACCCAAUACCUAAAUCCGAACCUACAUAAAUCCAAUUUAUUUCCGAUUAGUUGUAAGCCAUGUACGCGAAUGUUCCUCACGCAAUAAAUUUGUGCGCUGAAUCAAUUUAAUGUUGUAAUAAAAUAAAGCAAUAGUUUUAAUUAGAAA